CGUAUUUGAACAUAAGGCGUUGUUAUUUAUCAUGGUAUCAGAGAGUUCUUAAUUAUCUUCCGCAAAAUGACGGCCGGAGAUGGAGGUUUGUCGUUCGGCAAUUCUCAGGCGAAAAUAGAUCCUGGAGCACAGCGCAGCAAGUAUCUGGCAACGAAGGUCCAUGCUACAGUGGCCGAAAAUGUGCUUAAAUCACCAAAUAUAAAAGACGAAGGGAGCAGCCAGUCAACACCGUUGCCCAGCUUUACACCCGAGCGAUGGAAUGCCUUGUUAUCUAUUUUUGGUAAUUCAUCAUCCUCUAAUGAUGCCAUGGCUGGACCGUCUCUCGAGGAGGCUGAUCGGAACGGGUGAACGGAGAAAUGGACUGUAUUAUCUGUGCGAGGAACCUUCAGCACAAAUUUUGGCACUAAGAGACUCCAAGAAUUCAGUAGUGGACUUAUGGCAUCAAAGGUUGGGACACCCAUCUUUACAAGUGGUUGAACAUUUGGCUCCUGUAAGUGGUGUGAAGAUUACUGAAAAUUUCCCUUGUGAUGUCUGUUUUAAGGCUAAACAAACUAGAGAUUCCUUUCCUACUAGCGCUUUAAAUAAAACCCAUGGCACUUUUGAAUUAAUACAUUGCGAUUUGUGGGGUCCAUAUAACACACCAUCUUCAUGUGGGGC